CCACCAUCUACUCAUCCACAUUCUACUGCUCUCUGCACGCUAGAACCCGUGUCAAUCGCCCUUGAUCUCCUGCGAUCUUAUGCACGAUGCUGAAGACCCGCCCUACUCGCUCAGAAGGCAGGACUCGACGUCGGCAACACGAAUUAUCGACCGCUAUGAAGCAACCCACAAUCCUACCACACGUUCUUUAAACGACCGCUCGUCCCUUCAGACACCAGACAAACCCGCUCGCUCGACAUUUAUGGAGAACUAUAAGCUCAAGAAGGACAAGUCACCCCUUCGGCGGUCCUUCCAGAACUUCAUGUCCGUCUUGAAGAAGUCUCCCGCCGCCUUCAAGAAGAAACCCGCCGGCUCGCCCGAGAUUGCCGCUCCCGUCGUGCAACAGAUUCUGUCACAGUCGACCUAUCCCAUUGCUGCCUCUCCUCCGCGACCUGAGAUCCCUUCUUUUGGCUAUGCGCGCCACGCCGGACAGCUCCUCUACCUUUGCCACGCUGAAAACGAAUGCCGCGACGUCUUCCCAGUGUGGACCACUUGCUCCGUCUCCCUCGAAGGCUCUGCGCUCUUGGCGACUUGGUAUACUACUAUGGGCAACCCCUUCACGCAAGUGAUCGACCUCUCGUGCUGUACGGAUGUAUGCGCCCUCACUAUCGAUCAGCUCGAGCCCGCUCUUCAAGAUAUGCUGCCAAACUGUGACGAUGAUACAGUCCCCGAGCCCGAUAUCGCACGUUACACGACCGACGUCGAGUGA